ACGGCUUACUAGGGGUUGUGGUGAGCAAGGACUUGGUGAAGAUUGUGCGACUCAAGAAUGUAAAGAUGGUCUGAAAUGUAGGGAGGAUCCGGUCUUUCACGGGUUUACUUGUAAAGACAGUUAA